AUUUAGCACUACAUAGUGUCUUCCAACACCCGAGUGAGUGCAGACCAGCAAAACGAAAUAUGGAAUCAAAUACGGAACUUAAAGCGGAAUCAACAAAAUGUAGUAUCUUACGACUCAACACACUGCGUAUCUUCAGCUUAGCCAGCGCCAUACUACUCACAAUGAUGAUAACGGUGAUGUGUAUCGGAUUUCUAGUGAGUUAUGAGGUGGCCACAGAGGUAUCCAGUGUAGAGGACAUACCCUAUUGGAAGGACAAACUGCCGCCGGAACAGCAAUUGUGGUAUGAUGAAGCUAUAGAAGAGCUACAGUUGGCGUUGAAGAGAGACUUACACAAGCAGCUGGCGCACAAUGCGAUCAUCUUCGUGACCAGCGGUAUUGAUACGGAGAUAAUGGCUGCGGCGCGUGCAUUGCUUGCGAAUCGUACCAAACCGCAGCCAGCGUUGAGUUGGGAGCGUUUUCCACAUCUCGGCAGAUUGAAGAAUAGUUGCAGCAACACAGAACUCUGUGAUCCAUUCACAAUGGCUAGCGCGAUUUUUAACGGUGUGCGCUCCAACUUUCGCGUCGGUGGACUCGACACUGGUGUGUUGUUUCGCGAUUGCGCCGCAGCGGCAAAUGUGAGUCACCACGUGAAGGGUUUAAUAGAGCAGGCGCAAGAGAUUGGGCUGCGUACCGGUUUUGUGACGACACGACGUGUCACUGGCGCAAGCAUGGCGGCGCUGUACGCGCGUACGCCGAACACUGCUUGGGAAUGUGAUACCGCAUUGCCGGUAGCUGCCAACGCAGCUGGUUGCGUUGACGUGGCGCAGCAGCUAAUCAAAAAUGCGAUUGGACGAAAAGUUAAUGUGAUAAUGGGCGGCGGACGACAGACGCUCGUCUCGGAUGUGCCCAACACCGUGUGGGAUCCUGUCGACGAGACUGUUUGCAAUUCGCAAGACAAUCGAAAUAUCAUAAGUGAUUGGCAGUUGUUAAAUGUAAAGUUGAAGCGCGAAUUCGCGGUGUUGCAAAAUAAUGAUGACUUGCGGGAGUUGAACGGUACUAAUAUCGACCAUGUCAUGGGUAUUUUCGCAAAUAACUAUUUACAGCGUACAAAUGAUGUGAACGCGCACAGGCGGCGUGUGCCACAAUUGUCGGAUAUGGUUACAAAAAGUUUGAAUGUCUUAAAACGCAAAGACAAGCGUUAUCUGCUGGUUGUGGAGACUGGCGUUGAAUCCACAGCGAGUGUGGACACGCAAACGGGCACGCUCUUGCAAUUGAAUGACGUAGUGCAGCAGACACUGGAUAAAACUAGUGCAAGUGAGACGUUGGUCUUAGUGCUCUUCACAAACGGCCAGUAUGUCCGUAAUGCAGUGGAAAGUAGUGGUGAAACAGAUGUUGCCGCUAACCCGAUUGAUUUUGGGAAUGAGGAAAACACACUGAUAGUGAAGCGUUUAUCCGAUAUAGCCACGGAAGCUGUAGUUUAUGCCAGAGGACCACACUCUAACCUGCUCCACGGCGUACAUGAGGAAACCUACAUGUCUUAUGUCUUAUCUUAUGCUUUACAAAUGGGACAUUUUAAGCAAAAUUUCGUUAAUGAAAAGAAGCAUAGAUAACUUGUGUAUUUACAGUGUUAUUUGCAGUUUUUAUUAAUUCACAAAAAUCAAUAAUGAUUACAAUAAAUACUCGUUGAAGUACA